UAAUUACUUAUUACUAUGUUUCUUCAAGUAGGUCUCAACGAAUGAAUAAAAUGAGUCAAUCUGCUUCCAUCCCAUCUUUUGAAAUUUUGUACCAAACCAAACAGGCACUGUGUGAUGCAGAAUGUCACAAGCUAAUCCAAAGCCAGGAAAUCAAAUCAAGUUCUCAGCGUAAACACCUUGGUAACUUCUUGACAAUAUGGCGUGUAGGGUCACACAUUAACAUACCGCCUUUCACAAAAAUACGAGAGCAAUGGUGUUUUGAGGGCAUACGGCAUUCUCCAUGGUUGAGACCGUUGCAAAUUAAAACUGUUUAUGGCAAGGAAAGCGGCGAUUAUCAUCACCCAGAUGUGAAAGUCAAUGCAGUGUAUCUUGGCUGUAUGCUCGAUCGGGGCACGUUUAGCUGCCAGUAUGCCCACCACAUUGGCGAAAUCAGUGCGUCAUUUGAACACGAUUCAAAGCGGCUCAUCGUGGAUUUCUGCAACGUCGAUUUUAGAACUUAUCCUCACAAAUUUGUUUACGAGUAUCAAGAUUUAUUUGAUAAGAUUUUAGUAGAUUACAAACGCAAUACGUGGAAGCUAUAUUUCUUUGUUAAAGUACCACCACGCAUUCGUCGUGCUGACACAUAUUUUGCGGAUGAAGGUACAAAAUGGAUUCGUACAACGACUUUUAGGGACUGUAAGCCAUAUAUUAUUGGUAAUUCUUCUGUGAUUUGUUUGGAAUUUGAUCGAAACUCAGAAAAAGACCUUAAUGAGAUCAUUAGAAGGUUCGAAACUUCAACCAUUCAAACAUUCAAUGUAUACUAUGCUCAUGUUAGUCACAAAGCAGCAUCUUGCAAUACUCGUCUUGAGUUUUUAUUCUCUGAAUACGGGACUGAUUAUGCGCUUCAGUCAUUUUUCUCACUUGGAAUGGUAUCAACUCUUAGAAGUAAUGAAUUGUUACGCUACAUCAAAGUAGUUCAGGAAGAAACCAAUGAAGAAAUAUUAGAGAGAGCAUUAUAUUCGCUAAGUAGACAGCUUGAAAAUGAUCAUUUCAUUGACCUCAAAGAAGCUUUCGUCUUUCUUCUAAAUGAAGAGAAGAAUAAGAGAACUAAAGAAGAGGUUCCAAGCAGUUGUAAGUACGUUCGUCGUAUCUACUGCACUCCGACAAGGCUCAUAAUUGAACAGCCAGAAUUAAUGUUCAGCAAUAGGAUACUGAGACGUUACGGCGAAGAAUUCUGUGCUCGAAUCGUAUUCCGAGACGAGAAUUAUCGCAAGCUAAAUGGCACGGAAGCUAAUAGUUCUACUGAUAUAGCUGAGAGAAUAAUUGAAGUUCUGUCAAAUGGUGUACAAAUUUGUAACCGUUGUUACAAAUUCCUUGCGUGUUCUAAUAGUCAGCUGCGUGAUCAUGGGUGUUGGUUAUACGCAGAGGACGACGAUGGUAACACCGGAGAAACAAUACGUAAAAAUAUGGGUGACUUUCGCAAAAUAAAUAUAGUUGCCAAGUACAUUUCUCGAAUGGGACAAUGUUUUUCAACUUCGGAAUCAGCAUUAAAGGUAGAAGUUGAAUCAGGCCAAGUCGAUUUUGGUAAUGAUAUUGAAGGUGGUUUUGACAGGGAAUUAAAACCAUAUUGUUUUUCGGACGGAAUUGGAAAAAUUUCGGAAGUACUACGGAAUAAAGUGUGCAAACAGUUAAACAUCGAAUUAAAACCAUCGGCCUUUCAAAUCCGCUAUGGAGGAUGUAAAGGAGUUCUUGCAGUAGAUCCAACAAUUCCUGGUGAAAAGAUUGUAAUACGUAAAAGUAUGAAGAAGUUCGAAAGUGAUGAUUGUGACUUGGAGAAAAUGACAGAGUCAAAACCAGGCCGACUUUUUCUGAACUAUCAAGCGAUCACAUUGCUUUCUGGAAGGGGCGUGCCUGAUAAAGUAUUUAUUCAACUGCAAGAAGCCAUGUUAUAUCGUCUGGCUAAUAUGAUGUUGUAUGAAUUUCAAUCAGCUGUGUCAUUGAAUAAGCAUGUACGCAAUGGUAUGGCGUUCACCAUGAUUUCGCAAAGUGGCAUUGCACUAACACAAGAGCCAUUUUUCAAAGGAAUGCUAAAGGCACUUUAUAAACACUCUGUGGGUCAUCUGAAAAGAAAGGCUCGUAUAGAAAUUCCUGAAGAAUUUGGAAGAAACAUGAUCGGUACUAUUGAUGAAACAGCAAGUCUACAGUAUGGUCAAGUCUUUGUACAAUACUCUAAGCACAUAUUUGCUCCUCAGACAGAAACUAUUAUUCACAAAGGUCCUGUUGUGAUCACAAAGUUCCCAGCCCUUCACCCAGGAGACAUUAGGAAGUUCGAGGCGGUUGAUGUUCCAUCUUUACGUCACAUGAUAGAUUGUGUUGUCUUUCCACAGACAGGUAACAGACCUCAUCCUGACGAGAUGGCAGGCUCUGAUUUAGAUGGAGAUGAGUACUUUGUAACAUGGAUGCCACAAUUAUUGAUCCAGAAAAAUGUCCCUCCUAUGCAUUUUCCAUCUUCUCCACCUAAAAUACAUUAUGGUGAAAUAAAAGAGAAAGAUAUGAUACAGUACAUAUCAGAUUACAUUAAGAAUGAUAGGGUAGGAGUAAUUGCCAAUGCCCAUCUGACAUUUGCCGAUUCUGAAACAGAUGGAAUAUUUUCAGAUGUUUGUAUCGAACUUGCCAAGAAGUUUUCCAAAGCUAUUGACUUUCCUAAGACAGGAUCCUGUCCAGAGUUAGAAAAAAAUGAGCACCCAAAAAACUAUCCUCAUUUUAUGAACAAACGAGAUAAAACAGGUUAUAUAUCUAAAAAGGCAUUGGGACAGCUUUACACACAGUGUCGAAAUGUUGAAUCAAUCACAUGGCAGAAAGAUGGCAGAGAUGAGUAUAAAGGAACACAAAGAGACCCUCACCUGUUGUAUCCAGGACAUGAGGAAUACAUUGAGGAAGCUGAGAGGAUACGGAAUGAAUACAGCCACGAUCUCACGACAAUCAUGACACAGUAUGGUAUUGAGAAUGAAAGUGAGAUAAUGUCGGGCUGUUUAAACACACUCAGCAGGCGCAUUACAGAACGAAACGAGCGAUUUGACACAGAGAGACUAGUGGCUGAGAAAGUUAGAAAUCUUCGUAAAAAAUACAGGAAAAAAUUUGAAUCAGACCUUCAAAAAGAAGGAAUAUUUAGCAAGGAGGAGAUCGAACGAAAGCGAUAUGCCAAAGCCUCAGCCUGGUAUAUUGCGACGUACAGAAGAGACCCUGAACUCUUGAGCUUCCCCUGGGUUAUGUCCGACGUCUUGGCACAACUGAAGAACUAUCGUGUUACUUUCUUUACUGUCCGACCAUUAGAUAAAAAUCCUGUAUUUAGUAGCUUAUCUAAUGAGAUAUACACAUAUUCUAAAGGGCAACAUAUCCAUGUCAUGAAACAUAGUUUUCUGACAGAACACCAACAGGUUAACGCUGUCAAAGACAUACUGGUAGAAUGGGAUCAUAUGCUGAACCCUGGAUCAAGCGAUGUUAACAGAACUAUUGCAUUAGUUCAACAUUUUGAAGACUUUGUUUUCAAUAAACAUGGACGUUUUCCACGUUUAGAGCCCUCAGUAAUUUUGUUAGAUUUUUUGGCAUACUUAGGCAGCUCCAAAUCGAAACUAUCAGAUGAAAGUCCACUUCGAGGUCCAACUUCCAAAAUUUCAAAGAAAACUUUUCAACGAUUUUGCACAGAGGCUGAGAGAAGUUAUCAUAAGUUGGCACUGUUUGGAACACUUACUUGCCUUUUUGGGCGCGAGUAUCAUGAACAAAUUGAGCAGCAGUUUACUAUUGGUCCAAUUUGGAGGCAAAAUAGAGAAAUCCUCAAAAGAUGCGUACUUGAGGUGAGACGUUCAAUGGAAAUUUACCUUUGGUAUCGACCAAUUCGAAAAGGACGGUCAGACUUUUGGUUUUUCACAUUUGCUGGUUCAUACCUGCAGUAUCUUGAACUCAGUAAAAUUGCAGAUGCAUGGGGCCGUAACCAGUACAUUACUACGGAGCCUAUCUAAGAGAAGGUCAUUUGAUUUUCUAAUUUGAUGAGUGAAAUUUUAAAAUCCAGCAAGAAAGAUUAAAAAAAAAAAAUCUGAAGAAUAGAUAUGCUAAAGUAGUGUGGUUAUUUGAUGUGUGAUGGGGCAGAUGUAGAGGCUAAGGGAUUUUCUUUUAUUCUUCCAAACUUGCCAAUGUCGAUUUUUGCUUAUAGUAAAACACCUUACUGAUAUUCUUCCAGUACAUGCAGCAUGCAAGACUACUUCCCGCUGAACAGACCCGUGUAUACCAAAAAUAUAUAGUGUGUUCGUACGGUUAAGUCUUUGGUUUGUGGUGUUCACCUGGUUUACUAAUAAUAAUCACAUAAUCACAGGCGAUUAUUUUCUCUCCGACCGAAAGUUGUCGAGCUUUCCUUUACAGGGUCCAACUCUGUCCGACGAGGGGUGGGAGCUGUGUUGUGUCUCAUGUACGAAAUUGUUGCUUAUAUAGCAGAAACGAGCAAUUUUCAGUGAAUGUUUGAUGAUUGUUUUGUAAGUAGUUGAACAGCCACUGAAUAAUUGUAAAUGGCAAUAUUAACAUUUGUGUGCGUUGUACAUAUCUGACUUGCUUAUUAUUUUUUAAUAAUAAAAUAAAAUAAUAUUCAGUUCUUAAUAAUAAUCUUAAUAUCAUCUGCAAGCAUUUUGUUCAUGAUUCUUUUAUAUAUGCGUUUUCGAUUUAUGUAUUAUGUUAUAUCGUUUAUGUAACUUAUUCGACAAUUUAAUGCGAUACCGGUGUGACACUUCGCAGAUUGAAGCUGUUUUUAGUUUAUGUACUUUUAAGUCAAAAUUAUUUACUGCUUGUUGUUGCAUUGAGGCUUUUCUCUGCAUAACCCGCUUUAUAAGAUUUUAUAUAUUCAUUGUAUCAUAUUUUAUUAUGGAUGUAUUUUAAUAUAUUUUUAUUCUUUUUGCGUUCGAUUUUUAAAAUUGUUUUUAAAUCUGAUGUUUUGAAUUUGUGAUGUACUUUUGUAUUGUAUUUAUAUUGAAUGUAUUUUAAUGUAUUUUAAGGUUUUAUCGAGCAAACAAUAUCUUCAUUUGGAGAUAAUAAAGUUAAUCUGAUAAUUAUUAUUAAUAAAUAGUUUGCUGUAAGACAGAAGAAAACGAAGGUAAAAACGAGGUGCAUUCCUAUUUGUUACAUUUACAGUGUAAUAUAAUUUAUUUCCAAUUUAGUAACAAUUUAUUCCAUUUAUAAUGAUUCAGUAAGUAAAAUAAAUAUAGAGUAAAAUAUCAAAUGAAACAUAGAAUGUUAUCUACUGUUCAAUAUUUUCUUUUAACUUGCUGUAUAAAUUUGUU